AUGAAGCUGAAGUUCCGCAGCAGUCCAGCCAAACAAUUCUUGCACGACAUGGCCGAAGAAAAUAGGAAACGAUCGGUCAAUAUCCGCUCGCAUUUGGGACACCUCACAGAGGAUGAACGCUAUUCCUUGUACGUCUCCUAUUGUCCAGAGGUCGCUUCCCGGAAGCACCUCGAAGACAUGGUGGACAAUGCCUUCGAGGUCUGGGACACGCAGGUGAAGGGCCUCGGCUGGCGCGUGUCCUCCCACCUUGGUCAAGGAGGGGUUGAAGUUACUUCCGUGAAGUGGGAGGGGAUCGUUCAAGUGGACAUGGACGUGUCUGGCGGAAAGUGGAUUGAGAACAGUCCAAACUAUCGCCAGACUUGGAAGAAACUGAUGGUGAAUCCUUAUGCUCGGGUCCGCAAUGACGGUGAUCCGGAAUUGAGUUCAUGGCAGAACCCAGAGAUCGUGUCCUUCGUGGAUGAGUGGACGUACCCUGGCUUGAAGGAUGCAGAAGGGCAUCGUCACCCCAAGAUUCCGGAGAGCUUUACCGGAAUUUGGACUGGACCUUUCUCGCACCGCAACGAGUGCGAUGGAAAUUGCUGCGACGCGAGCGGAUAUUGCAGUUGCCCGGGAUGUCUUAGAAGGAGCAGAUCGGUGAAGUUCUCCCAGAUCUUCAAACUCAACGCACGCGGCAAGGAACCAGGUGAAUCGUGCAGUGCUGACGGGGAUUGCUUGAUGAACGCGUGUGCUUGGAGUGGCAACAAAGGGGUGCGCAAGAAACGCUGCUGCGUGGAUAAGGAUGCCUACAAAUGGUACGGUGCAUCCGGCAGCUACUGCCUGGACCAACCAAAGGAUUGGGACUGCGACGAUGACGUGGUUUGCGCCAAAGGGCUUUAUUGCGCGAAGUCGGGCACGGAAGGGCAUUCCUUCUGCCGGGAGGCAGCCUUGAAGCCGGGCGAUUUGUGUGACAAUCAGCACUCAGCGUGCACGACCAAGGCCUGCGCUAGGGUUGGGUAUCCAGAUUGGCAAUGGCAGUGCUGCAUUACAGAGGACUCCUACAAGACCUAUUUCAGUCGCCAAUGGUGCAUCAACCAGCCGGAGGGCUAUCCCUGCGACGUGGACAGUGUUUGUGGUACCGGUCUGACCUGUCAGAAGAUUCCAGCGACCAAAGGUGGCUCCAAGGGCAUGACGUACAGCUGUCAACGUCCCUCCAUGAAGGCUCCAAGAGCUGCCACCCGAUCGAUGAAGAAGCGAUCGCAAAAGAAGUGGCCGAAGAAGAGAUAG